CCCCCGCUCCCGGGUGUGAGUGGUUCUGCCGGUUGACCAGGUUGUACAGAGGAGGCCUCCUCAGGCCCAGUGCUGCAGCUGAAGACGCACUCCGAUGUCCAGCAAUACAGGAAUUCAAACAGCAAAGGCAGUACUGUGCAGUAUAAUGAGUCUCAUUAACAUUGUACGUGAACAUUGGGCAAAUAUCCUUGUUCCUCUGGGAUUUGUAUUGGGAUGUUAUCUUGAUAGAAGAAAUGAUAGCAAACUUACUGCUUUCAGAAACAAAAGUUUAUUGUAUAAACGGGAACUGAAACCAGGUGAAGAAACAACGUGGAAGUGAAGAGCUAAAAGCUAUACUGAGAAACAAGCAACUGUUGCACACAAAAAUCAGCCCAAAUGCCGUUUUACAAGUCUUGAAUCUUCAAUUAGGGAUCCAGUGACAGUUCAUUUCAAUAAUGCUGCUUUGUUCUGACAUUUUCACCAAUCUCAAUCAUCUUAUCUUUGUGUAACAGAAAAUUGGUUUAAAUUCUAAAAUUUGCCCAAGAUUGUCCCCUUUAUAUCACUGAUGUAAAGUUUAAAAAUGAACAGCAAAUACUUCAUUAUUUGUUUCAUUAACCUGAAUAUAUGUAAAUGGGGUGGCAGACCUAAUAAAACUUGUUGUAUUUAU